UAUGCGUCUUUGUAUAUCAGUUUAGCGUAUCACAAAACAGUCAUAUUCAAGAUUCAAAGAUCGAUCCCCGUUUUAUAUAUGAUGUGUUCCCUAACCCGCAAUGACUUGCAGAGGAUUUUUGAGAAGCUGGACCGGAAGGGCGAUGGUUAUGUUAGCGUUGAGAGUCUUAAGAGACUGGCGGAGAAUAUAGGAUUCAAUUACGGAGCAGAGGAGGUCGAGUCUCUGGUGGGGAAGAAGAGACUUGACUUGGAAGAGUUCUUGAUGUUUUACGAGUCCAUAUCGAGAAGUAACAGUAGCGGGGAGAGCAGAGGGGGUGGCGAAGAAGAAGAAGAAGAGCUGGUGAAGGCGUUCGAGGUGUUUGACAUGGAUGGAGAUGGAUUCAUCAGCAGCGAAGAGGUGGAGUGUGCGCUGAAGAGGCUUGGCUUAUGGGACCCAAAGAGCUGUAAAGACUGCGCCUCCAUGAUCUGCGUAUAUGAUACCAAUUCCGAUGGCCUGCUUGAUUUCCAGGAAUUCAAGAACAUGAUGUUGCUUACCAUCCGUUGAGCUGUUCUUGAUGAAUUCUUCUUAGUCCGAGUCAUAUCUACUUGAGCAAAAUUUCCAAGUAACUAGAUCUGCAUCAAGCUCCCUGCAAUUACAAACGAAUCUUAUAUAUUGUGAUUAUUAAGCAUAGGAUCGGAGCUAGUCAUCGGCGAUAUUGGUAAACUAGCUAGUUGUGAAGGUUGGAAAUUGUAAAUUGUAGAGUGGCUGCUGGAACCAAUAUCCUAUCUCUUGAUGCACAUUGCUUGGCUAUGACAGAGAAGGCUUCCGCUAAUUAGCUCACCUUCUUAAUAUAAAUACAAGAUCUAAUUUAUAAUUCAAAUUAAGUUAUGAAUUAGAUCUUUUGCCGAAAAGUUGUAUACUGUUGCUGUUAAUUGUUGGUUUUACUUUCCAGUUUCCAGUGUGCCAUACUGCUAUAGUGCUAU